AUGGCUCCGAGUAUGCUCUCCACGCUUGCCGCCCUCGCCGCAAGCGUCGCGCCGACCGUCUCGCGGCGGCUGUGUCCACGCCUUCCUGCGGCUGUGCGCUGCUGCGCGCCUAAUCCCGCGCCUCUGCUCGAUCGCUCCUUCGUCGCGGACCUGCAUGAGUCGACGCUGCCUUCGCUCGUGCUGAUCCGGCCGAGCGGCGUCCGCAACGCGACCACUCAGGGCUCCGGCUUUGUGGUUGGCGUCGGCGAGCGCCGCUUCAUCCUCACCUCGGCGCACGUGUGCAAGGGCGGCUGGCGGCUCGAGGUUGCGCUGGCUUCGGACGGGUUCGACGCGACCUAUCCGACGGAGGUCGUCGGUCGCGCGCGCCGAGGAAUCGACAUCGCCCUCCUCGCGCUCCCUGACGCUGCCGCCUCUCUCCGCCCGCUGCCGCUGCGAGAUUCGGCCGUGGUGCGGAUCGGCGAGCUCCUCGUCGCCCUCGGACACCCCUCCGGGCUGCGAGGCGCCGCGACCCUCGGCAUCCUCUCCGCCCGAGACAAGGGCACCGCCUCGGACUUUCUUGUCACCGACGCAGCGCUGGCGGGAGGCAUGUCGGGCGGCCCUCUGCUGACCGCAGACGGCCGCGUCGUCGGCGUCAAUACGCUGGCGACGGAGGCGAUGCUGGGCGCGCACACAAAGGGGCGCGGCGUCGUCCGCUCUUGGUCCGCCGCGAAGGAGCCAGGCUGGGCGGAGGAGGCGGAGGAGAUGAUGGCGGCGCUGGCCGCGGCGGACCUGCUGGUGGAGGUGGAGGCGAUCUUCGGAGGGGACGGGUGA